CGGAUUUCGUCUUCUGUGUAACACUGCUACCUGUGUCUGUGCAGCUCUGGGAACGAACACGAGAGACAAGGGGGAGAAAGGAGGAAGGAAGGGGCCGAAAAUAUCUGACAAGUACGAGCCCCCCACGUCUGAUAGCAGCAGCGCACAAUUCUGCCCACCCGCUGACAGCAUCAGCAGUGUCCCCCCGCACCAGCAAUCGGUGGUGGCCCAGUGCACGUCCCCGACAAAAGCUGGGGCGCAACCAAGCGGCGGCAGCAGCAGCAGCAGCAAUAGAGGCCGCGCGGUCCCCCGCCCGGCCAACCGCCCCACCAACAAGCAUCCCUGGCACUGCUGCUACCAGCGGCUCCUCCUCCUCGCCGCGCCACCGCUGUCGGAGGUGAAGCUGGGCUGGGACACUCGGUACCCCACGGUGACGGCGAUGGCAGCGGUUGUCGGAACGUCGUGCAUUCCUCCUCCGGUUUCCACUGGAAACCCUACCGCAGGGACGGCGGCGGAUGCGGGGCCGGAGGGAGGGGGAGGGCCCUCCACGCCCUCUGCUGCAGCAGUGAACGGAGGAGGGGAUUGCAACGGCUUCAACGUGAAGCAGCAACCACCGUCGGCGGCAGCCAACGGAGUCGGGACCGCGGGGAGGGGAGCGGAAGUGCUGCGGCGAGAAGCCGGGAGCUCAAUCGCCUCCGCCGCCGCCGCCGCGGCUUCAAGCGGGAAGACCGCGAGUCGCAGCGGCGACAGCGAGGAUGGCGGCGACGUAGCCGACGCGUGCGCUACGCAAACAUCGGCGGCGGUAAUGCCCGCGGACGGCGGUGGCGAUACACGGAGCGGCGGCAAGACCGGCGGCGAUGACGACGAAACAACUACGGCACGGUCGUCGUCGUCGACGACGACGAUGGCCCCACCGCCCCCCGAGUCGACACCGACAGCCUUAGGGCGAACGCUGGUGUCCCUUCAGCUCAAGAAGGAGGAGCUCCUGCCGCCCCCGGUGUUGCCCCCCUCCGCCUGCACAACGCCUGCGGAGUCUCCUAGAAACCCGGACCUGGUGAUGGACGCGUUCAGGUCUCCCUCUGCUUCGCCCUGGCCGGCCGGCGGCGGCGGGGGAGGCGGAGGCGGAGGCGGUGUUGGGUUUCGGGGGAGACAGGGAGGAGCUUCGGCGGCGGCGGUAGCCGCUGGCGCUCGGUCUGGAGGCGGUGACAGGAAGUCAGCAUGGAGACCAAGGACCGGUAGCGGCGGCGGAGGUGGCGGGGGCUCCGUGGAUGCAUUUUGCGUGUCUCCGAUUUCACCUAGGGUAUCCCCUCGAGCUCUCAUGUCUUCGCCGGUCGGAAUCGACGGGCCGGCACGAGACGGCUCGUUCUCCCUCUCUUCCUCCCCCUCCUCACAGCGUGGCGCCUUUGCGGGAAGCGGUCGGUUGGAGGGGUCAGAUUGGUGGAAGGGUCUUGAUCUCAGUCCGGAUCGUUGCGGACUACCAAGAUGGAGGGAAUCUCGCAAGCCGUUAGCGGUGGCCUCCUCCCUGCCAAGCGAUAUCGGCACUGAGAAAGACGGCGGCGGCAAGACUGCCGUGGGGAUGACUGCCGGCGCCGCAGCGACGGGGUUGCACGAUGGGGGUGACGGGGUUCGAGGGCUGGUGUCCCCGACUAGUAGCAGCUCCGCGCGCAUGUCGCGGUCUUACAUGACGCUGCUGGCGGCCGCGGCGGCGGAGGAGACCACCAAGGGCCGCCGUCAGCAGGGGGGUGGUGUUCCAGGUCGCGGAGCUGCGGAGGUUUCCGCUACAGAGCAGGCGUUUCAACCCUUAACGGUGGAGGGCAGGCUCAGGCAGCUGGAAGCCGAGAACUUGAGGCUUCGAUUUCGAGUGGCGGACCUCGAAGGCCAGGUGAGUGUGAUGGAGGACGAGCUCGACAGGCGAGGAGUCGCCCGCCCGAUGAUCGCAGACGCAAACAGCAGCAGCAACACCGAGAGUUGCAGAACCGGCAACGCCGGCACAGCGGUUGUUGCUUCCGCUGGCGACAAUAGCAACGCUAGCCCUUGCCGGGUGAAGGUGGAGGCAACAGGUGCCGCAAAGACUGUAAAAGCAGCAGCAGCAGCAACAGCUGCAGCAGCGACAUCACCCAAGUCGAGGGGAGUUGAGGGGCAAGGAGGGGGAGAGGCCGGGGCGGGGAUGGUCAACGACGGUCCCCUGUUGUCCCCCCGGGGUAGGGGAUACCUGGCGAGGCUGGUGCUGGAGGUUUGCUCGGAGAUCGAGGACAGUAAGAAGGCGGCUACGGAGGCUAAGGCUAAGGGAGGAGCCAGCACGAACACGGUGUCUACAAGGGGCGAGGGGAUCACAUCACGGCCGCGCUCGAUCCCGCACUCAGAACGCCUGUGCAAGGUGCUGCCGAAGGUGAUGGAGACGGCCAUCAGAGGGGUCAAAGACCUUGACGAACAGGUGUUCGAGCAGAUGAUGCGAACGGCCUCCGAGCGGAGCAGCGGCAUGUCCAUGUCCAUGUCAUCGCUGUCCUCCCCCGCCCACGGUGGCAGCCUGCCGCUCGGCACCCCCGCUCGCCGCCUCUCGAGCUGCGUGGUGGCAAGGGACGGAGGGGGGGAGUUCUUCGCCCAGAGCCCCGCCCCUGGCCGGCCUGCAAGCUUCUUCAGGCUUAUGGGAGAGCCUAAGACUCCUGCCAGAGGGGACGGUUCGGCUCUCAGACGAACUUCCAGCGGUUCCAGCGGCAGCAUCAAGGUCGUGCGCACGGCUUCGCCGUGGGACGCCACCCCUAUGAAAAAAAUCUUGACCGGAGGAAAGCAGGGGAAAAAAGCGGCGGCGGCGGCGGCAGCGACACCCCACAGGAAUGCCAGGGAAACCCCGCUGAAAACGCCGCGAUCUGGGGGUGCGGGGGGAUUCUUCGGGGCUGGGGACUGGCUGGCAGCGGCGUUUACGCCCAGGGGCGCGCUCGCGCCCGACCCCGAAAGUCCUCGGGCGCCAGCAUCGGAGGUCCCCAAGCAGCAGCAGCAACAACAACCACCGGAAGAGGAAGUGGAGAAGGAUGAAGGAAUCGCGCCGUUGGCACCUGCACAGCCCAUCUCCUCGUUCCGCCCGCCCCCCGAAGCGGACGCUUUAUCGUUCGAGGGCUCGACGGAGGAGGUCCUUCGGUAUACCAUCGUUGCCAAGAGCUAUCUCAUCCGGAGCAAGUCGAAGAAGCACGGGGAGAGUCGCGAGGCGUCCCCGAUAAAGAGCCUUUUCAGCCCGGGGGGCACGGAGCGGAGGGUGGAAGAGGGUGGCGAGGAGGACGUUCGUCACCUCACCCAAGAGCUACUGGACCUCAAGAGCAGGUACAUGGCGUCAACCCAGCACUGGCUCAAGACCGACAUAGUCAACGACGAGGAGCUGAGGAUGAUCCGCGCCCAGGUGUUCGAGGCAAUCCAGAGGAAGCGAAGCGAGCUGCACACCGAGGCGGCGGCGGUAUUGAGGGCAGAGAGUGUAUUGGAGGAAUCGCUCCGCCUCCAGCACAGCGGCGGCAGCAACAGCAAGAGCAGCAGGGGAUGCGGAGACGGUGACAGUGGGGCUGGAGGCUGGGGUAGCAGCGCCGGCGGCGGCGGCGGGGGACUAUCCUCGGGCAAUGCUUCGACGAGCGGCAAGGACGAGAACAAGGCUGCUGCUGAUGCCGCUGCUGCAGCGGUGGCGUUGCGGGAAGAGGAAGAGGCGAACCGCACCAUCGCCAUGCUGGAGGGGACGGCAGAAUUCCUCAAGUUUAGCCGCCUGCUGCUCCUGCUGAGCGAGGCCAUCUCCGUCUCCAACUCGGUGACGUCGACAAACGAAGCAGCGGCGGCGGCGACAGACGGAGCGACUUCGAACCGCCGGAAUGCCGGCGGCGGCGGAGGCGGUGGCAGCCAAAGUACAGCCGAAGAAGACCUCGCGUUGACCAAGUCGAAAAUGCCGCCGCCACCGCCGGUGGCCCCUGGUGCCGCCGGUGCGCCAGAAAUUCUGACAGCUGUCGCUCGCGCUCGGGGCUCUGGGCGGAAGCGUAGGUAGGGGUCCCCCUCCCUACUCUGCUUGUUGGGUUUCCCCCAUUUGUGUGCGCGUUGUCGGGCAGCAGCCUUGUGAACGAUUUUUGUUGUUGUACCGUCCGAAACGCCCUCCGAGGAUGUCGCGUUCACAAAUCGCGGGGCUCAGUGGCUGGUCGGGGGCAGGAGGGGAUGGUCAACCACCUGUUUUUUUUUGUGGAUGCCGCGCUGGUUCGAGCUGCUUGUUCGCGGGGCCACGGCGGUUAUUGAGGUUCAGUCGGGCUCCGUCUAUGGUGUGGUAGCAUUUGAUAUCUUGGUGCAGGAAGGUUGUCCCUGAACAGGUUCACUGUCAGUAGAGUUUUUUUCUUUAUUUCUUGCUUCGUAAAGCAAGCUGUGUGUGGUCUGUCUCCCUUUCCUCUCCCCCAAGGGUAACCAAAACAGUGGGGAAGUGGUUUAGAUUGGGCGUUAGUCUACCCUUGUGUUUUUUUUUUGUUGCUUCGUGUACGCGCGAGUAAUGUUUGCGCUACUGCAAAGCAAGCAUGUGUCUAUUCUAGGUCUCUUGCCUCUUUUUUUCCGUGAAGGAGUGAAGGUAUGACAUAAACGGAUGAUGAGUGACACGUUGGGAAACCAAGCCAACGUUUUCUACCUUGGAUAUGUUCCCCAUUUGUUUCAUGCACACAGGCUAACAUUUCUGUUUCCCAAUGUUCUUGGUGCAACAAUGCAGAGAGGAAACAGGAAGCAGGAAAGAUGGGCUUUGCGACGAAAAGCCCAGACGUUACUGCUGUAGGUUUGUUUUGGUGCAUAUUUGCGGUUUGUCUGAGAAAGUGGUAGGAAAGUUGUAGAGAUUGUGGUCUCGGUAGAUAUAACGAGGAAACGGUACUCAAGCCCGCAGGGCCGGUAUAUGCUGGUGCUCCAGCGGGAGUCGAGGACUAUCGACCCAACGAAUUCUUACGCGCAAGUGUUUUGUUUUUGCAUGCUGUCGCGCGUUAAGAGUGGACUUGUCGAAACAUGUUGCCGUUAGUUUUCUCUUGCCUGGUGUUGUGUAAUUCUUCGUACAUACUUUGAGGCGAGAGUGCCCGUGACUUGAGGCCACCUAGGUGGGUGUAUGCUUCCGUACAUGUUUUUGAUCAAGCCCUCUAAUUAUCCCUUGGGGAGUACACUUGUUGCGUGGGGAUCGGUGUCGUAACGUUCGGUCUAGGCUUCCGUUGAUUUGUUUGUGUGUUCCAUAUGUUCUGCCGGAGUAUCCGCUCCUGCGUCAUCGUGUUGGAUGUAUGUAACCGGUCUGUUGCUAUUGGCCACCGGAGCAAACUCUUGUUGCUCAGAUUUCUGUUGCUGCUGUUGCUGCCUUGUAUCUUGUGUGCCGUUCGUGCUGACUGCGGGCGGAACAAGCUGUCCUCUCAGUCUGUACAAUUUGCCCAUUGUCCGAAGUUGAUUUUCCGUGGUAGGUUAUGUUUCGAUUGUUGCUUUGGCGAUCGGCUGUUGCUGUACGACAAGACGCCUCACGUUCCGAUUUCGUAUUUUCAGUAUCAAUGGGGCGUUUCGGUAAAGGUAAUGAUAUGUAUGCCGCCUAUGAGUCCUCCUUUCCCCGGGGGAGCAGUGCUGUGUGGCCUGGUAAUCUUGUCCGAAUCCGUGUCAGGUUUGUUUUGUGAGUAACAUGUGGAUGGCUAAUAUUGUUGGUGGCAAUCCGAUAUGUCCUUGCCAAUCAGUUUUUUUUGGUGACACGAAAUGUUCAUUCAUCUCUGGACACCGGGUUGCAUGGUGGGCAGUGGGUGUUGCCUUGUCGCUGUCGCCAUGAGAGGAAAAAAUAUACGAAAGUAUCUCAUAACGUCUUGUGUGUACGGUGUUUGCUCCCGUUGGAGUGUAUUCUCUGUACCUGUAUUCGCCCUGCCGUGAGGGAGACGCCGUGUGACUGGGGUACAGCGAAUAGCAAAGAACGUCGCAAUCCAGACAACAUUGUCAAGUACGUAUUAAUAGUAUAGUAAAGUACCUCCUUCCUUGUCUUGGUCUCCGACGGGCAGCCCAAAUCUCGGCGAUAGCCUUCACGAGUCAAUCUUCACUGCUGGAUCAUGACGUUUACCCUUUGUGCUGUGGAAGCC